AAUUCAGCCCUAUCCGCACCCCAGAUCGGAUCUCAUCCUUGGCCUGGACCACCACUUGGGGUGUCAGGUGAUUAAGCGUCCCCAGCUGAUCCUCUUUUCCCCAGACGUCCCAGGCAGAGUGUGGAGGGUGCGUGCGGUUGAGUGGCAGGGCGGAGAAUGGAGGGACGUCCAUGGCGUGGCGAGGAUACAGUCCGGAGUAAUAUGGUCGAAACUGUCAAGUUUUCAGUGAUAACGCUUCGCGGGUAUUUCUAUUCGAGCCUUUCGAAUGCUUUAACCGCGAGGGAAGAACGUUUAAGCCAGUUGGGUUGCAGUCCGAAGGAUGUUGGGGUAGGCAUCUCGCCUAUUGAACCUUAAGCCCUGGCCCCAUUCCUUGUCCGGCACGAAGGCGAGGGGAAACUGGGGAGAAACGCGUGGAGGUACUCCAACUGUGGAGUCCAAGGCAAAGCCCUACAAGGCAAAGCUUCGCUUCCUCCGGGUAAUGCUAUUGCCUCUGCUUAUCCACUGGUUUGGCCCCCACGGAGAAAACAUUGUCUCCAACGUUCCCCAGAGUCCCGGGACUUCCUAUAAAUCGCCCUGUCAGGCGGUGGUGUUUCCCCAUUACUCCAUUGCACGCAUCGUUGAUUUCGUUCUGUUUUCAGGUCCUCUGACAAUGUUCGCCACGCAGAUGCAGGGCAGAGCCAUCACCUGGGGGAUCACCGUGGCCUGCGGGUCCGGCUUUUUCCUCUUCGGCUAUGACCAGGGCGUUUUCGGCGGCAUCCUCAACGACAAGAACUUCCUCAAGACCUUCAACAACCCAGACUCGACCAUCCAGGCGCAGAUCACGUCGACCUACUACCUCGGUGCCAUCUUCGGCGCCAUCUUCUCCCGCUUCAUCGGCGACAAGAUCGGCCGCCGCAAGGCCAUCAUGCUCGGAUCCAUCUUCCUCACCAUCGGCGGAGCACUGCAAGCCUCGGCGAGUACACUCGCGCAUAUGAUCAUCGGCCGGAUUGUCGGGGGUGUCGGGACUGGUCUGAACACGACUGCCAUCCCCAUGUGGCAGGUCGAGACCUGCAAGCAGCAUCAUCGCGGCCGACUAGUCAUCAUGGAGCUCGUGCUGAAUAUCACUGGAAUCGCAGUGACGAGCUGGAUGAACUAUGGCUUCACGUUCCUGCACGAUAACUCCGUCUCGUGGCGGUUCCCGUUGGCCUUUCAGUCCUUCUGGGCAAUCGUCACCUUCUGCCUUGUCCUCAUCAUGCCCGAGUCCCCGCGCUGGCUUGUCCUGCGCGGCCGCCUCGACGAAGCGCAACAUAUCCUCGCCCGGAUGAUGUCCGCAGACACCAACGACCCGGCCGUCCUCACCGCCCUGAACAUCCUCUCCGCAACCGUGAUCCACGAACGCGAGGCUGAAACAGCCGCAACGGCCAACCUCCUCCGCCGCACCAACGAAGACCGCACCCAAACCCUCCGCCGCAUCGCCCUGGGGGCUGGACUCGCCUUUAUGCAGCAGCUCUGUGGCGUCAACAUCAUCGCCAAUUAUCUCCCCAUCGUUUUAACUCGAAGCGUUGGUCUUUCUGACCGCCUUGCCCUCAUUCUUUCUGCCGUCUAUUCGCAUGCCCUAACCCUCUGGGCAACAGCCUCGAUGCUCGCCAUCGACUCACUUGGCCGCAAGGCUCUCCUUGUCGCGGGUGCCACUGGCCAAGGCAUCGCUUUCUUCCUAAUCGCGGCGGGCAUCAAAAUCGGCACAUACAACAUGUCCAUCUUCGCCGUGGUCUUCAUCUUCGUGUACAACUUCUUCUUUGGGAUCUCCUUCCUCAGCAUCCCCUGGCUGUACCCAGCGGAAAUCAACAGCCAGGCGAUGAGGAACCUGGGCACGUCAGUGUCGACCGCCGUGAAUUGGACGUUUGUGUAUGUGAUCGUGCUCGUCACGCCGCUGGGGAUUGACAAUCUGGGGUGGAGGUUUUAUCUCAUGUUUGGCGUGUUCAAUCUGGCGUUUUUGCCGGUGUUGUGGUAUUGCUAUGUCGAGACCGCGGGGUUGUCGCUGGAGCAGAUUGAUCGCGUGUUUGAGGUGCAGUUUGAUGGGAGAGGCGCCGGAGUGAAUUUGAAACAGGCGCGGAAGCAGGUGCUCCUUGAGGCGGAGGUUGUUGGCGGUGGGGAUGGCAAGGGGUUUGUCUCGGGGACUCUGGGGGUCAAGGCUGUAGAGGGCGAGGGCGCUGAUCAUGUAGAGAACAUAUAGAAAAGGAAGAACGAGAAAACGAGAGAUGUUAGUUGGGUGAUAAUAUAGGCAAGUAAGAUGAUCGAUCGAGAUUGCGUUCGAGAAAUGAGUGCCAAUGUGAUUCCAGGCAGGCAAUCCGAGCGAGCUAUGGUGAUUCGUUAGUCAUUUAGGGAUGGAGCCCAUUGCAGAGGUUGGAUAAACGACUAUAACGUACCGGAAAUAUUAAGGGCAAAG